AUGUCUGUGAUUCUUUGCACAGCGGGUUACGACCACACAAUCAGGUUCUGGGAGGCCCUCUCGGGCAUUUGUUCCCGUACGAUCCAGCACCCAGACUCCCAGGUCAAUCGCCUCUGCAUCUCUCCCGACAAGCGCUUCCUCGCCGCCGCAGGCCACCACACGGUCAAACUCUACGAUAUCAAGUCCACGAACCCGAACCCACUGCUUACCUUCGAGGGCCAUACUGGCAACAUCACCGGCGUCGCUUUCCACUGCGAGGGCAAGUGGAUGGUGACCAGCUCCGAGGAUGGCACCGUCAAGAUUUGGGAGACACGCAGUGGCCAGGUCCAGCGCUCCUACAACCACGGCUGUCCCGCCAACGACGUCGUGAUCCAUCCUAACCAGGGCGAAAUCAUCAGUUGCGAUCGCCAGGGCAGCGUCCGUGUCUGGGACCUUGCCGAGAACAACUGCUCCCACCAGCUGAUUCCCGAGGAGGACGUUUCGGUCUCAAGCGUCACGGUCGCCAGCGACGGCUCUCUGCUUUGCGCUGCGAAUAAUGGCGGCAACGUAUUCGUGUGGCAGCUGCUGCAGGCCUACGACCGAACCCAGCUCCUUCCAGUAACUCACUUCAAUGCGCACAAGGAGUACAUCACGCGCAUUCUCCUCUCGCCCGACGUCAAGAAGCUCGCAACUUGCAGCGCCGACCACACCGCCCGCAUCUGGGAGGUCAAGGACCUUGAGCCUGCCCCCGACCAGGAGCCUAAGCCGUUCCCGCUCGAGGCCACCCUCACGGGCCACCAGCGCUGGGUCUGGGACUGCGCGUUCAGCGCCGAUUCUGCCUAUUUGGUGACGGCCUGUUCCGACCACUAUGCCCGGCUGUGGGAGCUUCACAGCCAGCAGAUCAUUCGCCAGUACAAUGGUCACCACAGAGGCGCCGUCUGUGUCGCCCUCAACGACUACUCCGAGUCUGCUAGAUAA